ACCGAUAUUCUUGAUAUAAUUGCGGGAGUUUGGAAAACAUAAUCAGGCUAGUAAACAACAUAAACAGCUACAAAAUAUUCCCUUAAAAGUCUGUGACGUGCUACUAUACCAGUUGACAUCUCGAUGGAAAAUUCACCAAGCAAGCAAUGGACCAAACCCUCCCACGUUAUGAAGGUGCGGAUGAAGCGAAAUCGCCGAAGCACCAGCGAUCUGACUUCGAAAUCCUUGAUGUCCGACCAGUCGCUGGUCAAUGCUGGGUCGCAUUCGGCCAGACCAGGGGAGGGCCGGAGUGGGAAGAGGCGGAAUCCAUUCGGUAGCGGGGGUGGCAGCAAUAUCAUGAGAAGGAGAAUUCAAAGUGAAGUUAUUGGAGGGCAGAAGGAGCUUGAUGCAAAGGAACAUGGGAGAAAUCAUCAGAAGCUCUUCACUGCACUUGAUUCACAGCAAGAUGAGGUAUUUGAUGUGGAGGCAUGUCAGAGACUGACCAAGGCUAUAAAAGCUAUACAAGCAGAGGAAGAAAAGAAGCUGCCAAAAUCCUCAAAAGAGCCGACUGAGAAAACAUUGAUUGAAUCCCUUGCUAGAGGUAAACCUGACCUAUCACCGGACUGGUGUCUCAGAACUCGCGUUCGCUUUACGUCACAAAGCUCGUUCAGCUGGUGCCAACCGAUACGAAUGAAGGAGGAGGCCAGGGGGCUAUGCUCAUUUGUACAGGGUGACAAUGGUCCUGACACUGAGGAGGAAAAGCCUGUUGAUGAGUCUAGUUGGAGGAGUGACCUACAGCAGGCUACUAUGUGUUGGAUGCAUCCUGAUCUACCAUGGCUGAGCCUCUUCCCGAGGAUUGUACCAGAACCAAAAAAGUUCAAGCAAUCAAUCGCCACCAAGGAGCCAGCUAUAGCUACUGCCUUGAUGACAAAUUGGUCAGAGAGUUUCCGAUCUGUAUUCCACCUGCUGCGGUCGGGUCAUUGCCCGUAUUUCUAUCUGUGUACGCAUCACUUCACUGUACUGUUCAGAGCAGCUGGUGUCGGUGCCACGCCCACUAUGCAUGCUCUCAUGACCCCAACCACUAGAGGGCUUAGAGAGGCAUUAAAAACUGAAGGAAUCAGUUAUUCCAUGCCUCUACAUCAAGAAGUUCCAUCUCCACCGCAGUCAAAGCCAACUACAUCCACUGCAGAUCAACAAAGCAAACUUGAGGGAGAAAGCUGUCCUGAUGGAGAGACUGAUGAGCUCUCUGAGCCCAACCACGAAGAAGGUCAGAUAAAAGAAGAGCCAACAGAGGAAGAGGAGGAGGAAGAGGAAGACAUCCUUCGAAGCCCUACCAAGGCAUCGUCAUGGUUACAGAGCAUUGGUCUUGAUAAGACUAACUUUCCAUCACUAGAACCUACCAGAGUCAAAUUCCAAUCUGACCAGCUGCUUAAGCUGGACAAUCGGCCACAAUCUCUGGUUCUUGUGGAAGGACUGGACACCCAAGCCUUGUACAACUUCCUCCUGAAUAGCCGGACAGUGCUGACCAGUGUAGGUCCGCUAGCCGACAUACCCCCAACCAUCCUCUCACCUCUACCCUUCAAAGGGGCUACCCUCCACAGCUGUAAGUUGAAAUCAGGCACUCUGAAGCAACAAACCAACCAAUCACUGGUAGAGCUCAGUAGUCUAGAGGUCACAGGCCCCAUCAUGCCACACAACAUCCACAUCCUCUGCAAUCUCCUCCGUAGGACGCAAGAUGGCGCUUUCCAGAUGGCCCUCAGCAAUCACGAAGCAACGUCGCCGUUCACGAGCUGUUCACAUUCCAUGAACGAGAAGGGAGGGACGGACACACGGGACAAUGAGAAAUUGAAUGCAUUGAGAAUGAACUGUGGACUAUCUAAGAGUCAGGCAGAAUAUUUGACAAGCAUGUGUACUGUGAAUCUACCAGGCAAGGAAGUAUUGUGCAAAGAUGGCUUAUUCUUAUAAUUGUGGUCAAGUCUACAUAUUCGACUUUAUAUUUAUAAAGUCCUUAAAUUGCAUAACGUCGGUGGGCUGUUGAAACCUAUUAUUUCAAAAUUUAAACAUUUUGAGGACAUCUGAAAAAAUAUAUAUAUUUCAGAGUUAUGAUACAAGUGGCCACCUUCUUUUGCCUAGAGAGAGUUUUCCACAGGAUUUAGAGCAUUGUUUUUAGACAAUGUGAGAUUGCUACUCUUGCAUUAAUUCUGGAAUGAAGCUUUUUUUCUGAACUGUCCUAAUUUUUAAAAAGCUUUUGAGGUACAAGGUUUUAUUAGCCCACGGACGAUAAGCCAAAGUAAUAUUGACCAUUAUAGUGCAAAACGUGUUUUGUGUACUUGUUGUAACUCAAAUUUUACCCAAGUCAAGCAGAUUUCUCUGGUCAUCACAAUUUCAUCACUUCUCACUCAUUUUCAAGAAAGAAUACUCUACCUCACCUACUCAUCAUUUUUCAACUCUUCAAUCCUCCCAAUCAUUUUUUUAACACUGACCAUUACCAAUGACCCUUGGAGUCUUCCCAUAUUACUUUUCACUUUGUUUCAAAUAUUUUCCAUACUGGCAUCCAUCCUGUAUACUGAAUUAAAAAUUUCAAGUCCUUGAAUUUCUUUUAAAGACCCAGACCGGAGCUUAAAUCGUAGUGACAGUGAUUUUCCGUUUUACCGGUAAAUAAAACAUAAAUACUGUUUGGUUCUUAUACUUUUCAUGUAAAAAUUUAUGGAAUUCACCUUUGCAAAGAUGGAAUUCAGGUUUUUGCUGUGUACAUUUUCAGUGACAAAAUUGAAUUUCCAUUUUUAGGUCAAGUUGAAACGGAAUUACAGAUUUUCAGAAACGGAAAAGACCAUUUUUUGAAGCAAAAAAUCACUGUCUCUAAAAUUGCAAUUUAAAAAUGGGAAAUAUGUAGCUACAUAAAUUUAGUAUAACAGUGCAAGUUUCAUGCAUAUUCACUGCUUGACAGCUGAGUAUUUUGCUUAAGAAAAUAUAAAAUUGGCGGUUUUUGCAGGGAAUUGGGACAAAAGGCUUUCCAUUGCCUUUCUCCGUCCUCAAGACUGUGACGUCAUAUUGUGUCAGAGGCGUUAUGAUUCCAUAGCCUUGUAGUACUUUUACACUGAAAAAGGGGGUUAUUUUUUGAUUUUCGGAUUCUGAAUUCCAUUUUUUCUUUUCAAUUUGCAGAAAAAAAUGACAAUAACAAUUUUUCAGUGCUCAAAUGGAUGGAAACGAACAAUUCGUCACUAGAUUUGUUUUGUGAUUUCUUUUCUUAGCUCUUAUUGGCCCUAAAUUGCUACAUGUAUGUCAGGAAAUCUUGUUACACAUAAUCCGAAUACAGAUAUAAUUCGAAAGCUGUGCCAAAUUAGCAGGAAAUAAAAUAUGGUGAAAACUAGUAAAAAACCAUAGAUUUCAUCAAUUCAAGCUUACAGAAAGACAUUGAUAUCUUUGUAAUAGAAGUGAAGAAAAUAAAAUGCGUAAUCUGAAAGGGGAAAAAAUCACCCACUUUUUCUGUGUACAACUCACUCUAUAAAAUUACACUGCUUCUAACACAAUAUGACGUCGUGGUCUUGAGGCCGGCGAGAGCUGAGAGCAUUGUACAAGAAAGUCUAUUUUGGAAGCCCUAUAAUUGGAGCUAUUCUUAAGCAAAGAACUCAGCCAUUAAGCGGUGAAAAUGCAUAAAGCUUACAUUUCUGUAUUAAGUAAUUUAUUAGCUUUCGAUUGUUAUAUGAUUGAUUAAUAUCAUUUUGGGUCCGGUCUGGGUCUUUAAAGAGUCACCUUGAGAGAGAAAAUAAUUUGUUUCAGAUGUCCCAUUCCUUGGAAAAAGUCCUCCUUUUUCUAAAAUAUCAAUUCUGUGUCCGUUGUUAUAAAUUAUAAUAUCAAAUUCUGUUUCCUUCGGCAAUAUACAAAAGGUUAAAGCAUAGUUCGUAAAAGUCAAUAUCAAAUGCUAAGACCAUCUUUCCCAUUAUUCAAUUUUUCUUACCUCUGAAAUUUUUCUGUUUUUGUAUUGCAGAAAAUUGGGAACUUUACCAUGUGUAAUGCAAGAGGUGAAUUCCUAAAUUCUGAAAUGUAUUUAUUAGUGUUGUACAGAUGUAACUAUUAAUAUUAUAUUUUGUGUAUGUAUGUGACUUAAUGCAAAUUUAUAAUGAAUUUUUAUAAACUACAAUAAAGACAAAGUGAAAUGCA